AUGGCGCCCAUCCCCGAAUGGAUCCACGCAGUCCUACACCACCAACAAGUGAUCGCCUCGGACGCCAGCUUCGCCGAAAAGGCAAUCAUUCUUCUCGUCGUCGGACACAUCCUUGUCCUCUACACGGUGCUAUGCUGGCUGGGAGCUAGCACGAUCACUGCCGACACCCGCGAUCAUCGAAACUCGGAGUGCCUCGAGAACCAGUACGAGCUCGAGCCACGAUCAUGGAGCACCAACGUUAAGAAACACGGCCCAAGCUCCUCCGACCUGCAUAUUUGA